GCAGCAGCCAUAAAGAAGACUCCACACACACAGUCGUCUGGAAGGAAUUAGACAACUGAAACAGCGACAGAGAGAGAAAGAGAGAGAAAGAGAUUUCUGGCCACUUCUCUGCUCCAUAGACAUACCUAACAUGCCCCUGCACAGAGCAGAAACAUUCAUUAUCACGUUAUUGUUUUAUUAUUAGAGGCAUUGCUGGAAACUUUUUUUUUUUAUCCUUUUUUUUAUUUUAAAAUAUGACUGAAGCUGCCGAAGGUGAUGAGACUUUUUUGUUGUUAUUGUUGUUGUUGUGUUUUGCAAACUUUAACAUAUGAAUCAAACUGUCAGAAGUAGGUGGAGAGGAAUAUUUAUCAUUGUGACAUAGUCUACAUCUUAUUUAUGCUUUUUUUUUUCUUUUUUUUUUUUAAAUAUAUGAAUGAUGCCAAAAGUGACUGGCAUGAUGUCUGUGUUCUCACACCUAAGAUACGUUUGUUGCAUAGCUGAUGAGUUUGUUCAACACUAGAGAAGAUUUUUCUUUACUUCUUCAUUUUUUUUCAUUUUUAAAUAAUCAAUGAAGAUCAUUUUGUGUGGAUUCAUGAGACUCGCCACUGCUCCACAAGUGUCCCUUGAAACUUUGUCAAGACUUUUUCUCCCCGUGGAGCGGAGCUGACCGCAUCCUCACUCAAGGACGAACGACAGGACAACAGCUGCUUCAGGAUGAAGUGUCAAAGAAUUCUCACCUACCUGAGGAUAUUCGGGACCACCAUGUUUGGCAUCUCCCUCCUGGUAGGCAUCUCCACAGCCUACAUCAUGGGCUACCAGUUCUUCACCACAGCCCACAAUCACUUGUCCUUUGGCCUGUAUGGGGCCAUCUUAGUUAUCCACCUCAUCAUCCAGAGCCUCUUUGCGCUUCUGGAACACAGAAACAUGAGGCGGUCCUUAGAGACGCCCAUCAAACUGAAUAAAUCCUUGGCCUUGUGCAUCGCAGCGUACCAGGAGGAUCCAAAUUACCUGAGGAAAUGUCUGGUGUCGGUGAAGAGGCUGACGUACCCGGGAAUCAAAGUGAUCAUGGUGAUUGACGGGAACUCCAGCGAUGACAUUUACAUGAUGGAGAUUUUUAAAGAGGUGAUGGGAUGGGACAAAUCAGCCACCUAUGUGUGGCAGAGUAACUUUCACAACCGAGGGCCUGAGGAGACGGAUGAGAGCUAUGCUGAGAGCCUUCAGCAUGUCUCCAGGCUGGUCCUUAACAACAAGUGUCUGUGCAUCAUGCAGAAGUGGGGAGGGAAGAGAGAAGUGAUGUAUACAGCCUUCAAAGCACUGGGAAGGAGCGUGGAUUAUGUUCAGGUGUGCGACUCUGACACCAUGCUAGACCCGGCAUCGUCGGUGGAGAUGGUGAAGGUACUUGAAGAAGACCCAAUGGUUGGAGGUGUUGGAGGAGAUGUUCAGAUCCUGAACAAAUACGAGUCCUGGAUCUCCUUCUUGAGCAGCGUACGGUACUGGAUGGCCUUCAACAUCGAACGGGCUUGCCAGUCCUACUUUGGCUGUGUGCAGUGCAUCAGCGGGCCUUUAGGAAUGUACCGCAACGCCCUCCUGCAUGAGUUCCUCGAGGACUGGUACAAUCAGACCUUCAUGGGAUCCCACUGCAGUUUCGGGGAUGAUCGUCAUCUCACGAACAGAGUUCUCAGCUUAGGGUAUGCCACAAAGUACACAGCACGAUCUAAGUGUCUCACAGAAACGCCAAUCACAUAUUUGCGGUGGCUCAAUCAACAGACUCGCUGGAGUAAGUCAUAUUUCAGAGAAUGGCUAUAUAACUCCAUGUGGUUCCACAAGCAUCAUUUGUGGAUGACUUAUGAAGCUGUGAUCACAGGCUUCUUCCCCUUUUUCCUCAUUGCCACUGCAAUCCAGCUCUUCUACCAAGGAAGGCUGUGGAAUAUUCUGCUAUUUCUCCUCAUUGUGCAGGCAGUAGCUCUGAUCAAGUCGUCAUUCGCCAGCUGCCUCCGAGGUAACAUUGUCAUGGUUUUCAUGUCUUUCUAUUCUGUACUGUACAUGUCAAGCCUGUUGCCAGCCAAAAUGUUUGCAAUAGCAACAAUCAACAAGUCUGGAUGGGGGACCUCUGGAAGGAAAACAGUAGUGGUGAACUUUAUCGGUCUCAUUCCUAUAUCAGUUUGGUUCUCCAUCCUCUUCAUUGGGAUUAUCUACACAACAAUCCAGCAGACUAGAAAACCUUUUCCUGAAUCAGAGAAGAUCAUUCUGAUCAUAGGGGCAGUCGUCUAUGCCAGUUACUGGGUCAUGCUGUUGACGUUGUAUACAGUGCUCAUAAAUAAGUGUGGGAAGAGGAAAAAGGAAACACACUAUGAUAUGGUGCUGGACGUAUGACUUACAAUCAUUGUUUACCACUGAACUCUCUUUCUGGGUUAUUUUCACUCACACUGUGUUACUGCUACACAAAUGUUUUUCAGAUGCAGAGCAGCUCUGGAGGCAAAAUUGUUUGAGUUCAACCAAAAUGGGCGAAGAACGAGAACUUGUUCAAACUUGAAAAAGCACAAAUAUAAGUGGCAGUGGCUGCUGUUUAUGUCGACGCAUGACCAUUCAUGAAUCAGCGAGGCUAUCGAUAAACAAACGCAAACCUUGGCAUACCUCCACCACUUUUUUAACAAAGAGCUUUUUAAAAUUAGAUUUGCAUUUAAAAAAACAAAAACAAAUGGCCUCUUCCUUGGUCUAUGCCUCAUCCCUCCAAAUUGGGCACAAAAUGGCUCAGUACUUUCUGAGUAAUCCUGCUGACAAUUGAACAGACAAACACGAUUGAAAACAGAGGUGGAGGUCAUUACUUUCACUCCAAUAUGUUUAGCUGAAUAUCGGCUAGCAUAUGCUAACGGGCUAACCUAAAUACCCGUUACAAGAUUACUCAUAUUGAAGUUGGCAGCAAGAGCGCAACAGGCUUUGUAAUAAUAGCUACCUCUUACCCAUGUCAUUUUCACUGGGCUUCAGUCUCACUUACCAACACAGCCAAAGAAACUGUGGAUGUAUGGCUCACCCAUUGAACCCAUUGGGGUUUAACUUGACCUGUAAGAGUAUUUUACCUCCAGAGCAUCAUUGUGUCUUAAAGAAAACUAGCCACAUCUAGAAGCCAAAACUAUAUCCAACUGCAAAAUCUAAUUCAACAUUCAGGAUUACAUUCUUAACUAUAAUAAAGAAAAUCACCAUUACUGGUUAAUGUAAUGAUAAUAUGGCUUGUCUAUGAGGAUUUUAUGAAUACAGAAGGUUGGCUAUUUGACCAUUAAAACAAACACAAUUUGACAACAGCUGUUGAAUGAUUUAAUAUCCUUUCAUUACCUCUGGGACAUGUGCAUUGGCAUACUAUUCCAGGAAGAGUGACAGUAUGAAUUGACAGACUGAAAAUAUGCAGAAAGGACUUUUAAAUGGAGAGCUCCUCUCUGUCUUUUGGUUCACUCAUGUCAUCAGGGUUCAGACACAACCGUUGUCAUUACCCUCACAUUUUGUAAAUCUAUUUAAAUUCCAUCCACUUCCAAAGGACAUAAUUGAACCACAAACAACCAUAACUUCAACAUCUCUGUGCUUACACAGUUAUAGUUUGUAUUUGUGGGUGACAUAAAUAAUAAUCGACAUGCAUCACCCACUUUUAUUUUGUAUGUAUCUUGAAUGUGAAAAGGUGCUACAGUUCCUCAGAAAGUUCCACUAGUGGUAAUUAAAGGCUACAUAUAUAUUAUGCUUGAAUGUUUGGAUACUUCCAGGUCUUAGUCUUGGAUAUUUUUUAUUCCCAUAUGACAUGAAUGCAGAUUUUUUUUUGUUUACAAAGUGAAGAAUCUCAAACUGAUCAUCGAUUGUUAGAUAUAAUCUCCACCAGAUGAGGUGACCAGGCAAACAUGUGACCAGAAGAGAGACAUAUUAUUGCUGCUGUGACUGUUUUAUUUUUACAGAAACCAUGACUUUUUCUUUUUCUGUUUUUUUAAAAUAUGAAUGAUGGGUGUAAUUUGCAAAAUGUUUUUUUCUUUUUUUUUUUCUUUUCUAUUGUUAUUUCUUCCAAGCUGAAUGAACACUUCCAAGUAGAUGGUGGACAUGUUCCAAUCCAAAGAUUGUGGGGGAAAAAUCAUUCCACAUGCCCUUGCUCUUUUCCUUCUUUCACGUACUGUAUUAGCUGCUUCCUUGCAUUGAGUUGACUGAUCUGCAAGAGAAGAAGUAAAUGUGAGAAGAAAGCAUAAAUGUACCUAAUGAGGUAAAAGUACUACCUGAUGAUAGGAAUGUGAAUAGGGGCACUUGAUGGAAGGAACCAUCAUUUUGGAAUGAAACAAGUCCAGUGUUUGCUAUUGAACGAGAGCAAACACGAGUUUAAAUCUGAUGCACUUUUUUGUCUCUCCUGUCAUUCAGUGUGAUGCUUGACGUAAUCAAGAUGAAAUACCUCAGUGGUUCUCUUUGCAUUGCAUCAAGGCAUCAGGAUGCUGUCUAAAGACUGAUGCAUUCUGAAGGUGUCAAGUAAUUUAUGAUCUGUUUGUUAUAUUGAAUAUAAACAUGUCCUUUUUUUUUAUAUAUGCAUUUCUAAUUCAAAGUCAAAGCUGGAUCCCUCUGCCUUGUUGGCCCUUUGCUGUAGCCGUUUACGUAUUGUUACCUUGUAUUUCAAUGCAUUUUUAUAUAGACAUUUUUAUUCUAUUUUUGCUUAUAGCUGCCAAAGAUUCUUUAUUUUCAGUUAUGUUUUUGUAAGAAAAAAGAAAAAGUAUUUGUUGGUUGUUGUUUUUUUGUUGGUUUUCUUUUCUUUUCUUUUUUUCAACUGUUCUGACAAUGACUUGUAUAUCUUACCAAACAAUGUGAAAUUAUGAGCUGGGGGUUUUGUCUGCAAUAACAACAGUAAAAAUGCAUUUUGUAGGGAUAAGUUAUUGAUAUCAAGAGAUAUGAUGAACCUGUGUUUUUGUACUUUGUACUUCUAUCGAAAACCAUCAUAUUUAUGUCAAGAUAUUCUGUGAUUUACAGGAUUCUGUAAGGAUUCAGUAAGAUGUCCAACACCCUACACUGCAAAAACUAAAAAUCCAUGAUUUUUAAUAUAUAGCCUAUACAGCAUGAGAAACCUUUUGUUUGCUAAAUCUUUGCAGUGUUGCAACUGUAUGGAGCCGUGCCUUCUGUGUUCAGUCUUUUGAUACAACAAGCAGUAAAGCCAAAGCAGACUGAAAAAAACAUUUGCACAAAAACUGCAAGCUAUGUGUGUUUCAGAGUUGUUAAGUGCCUUACAAAGCAAUUACAACCAAAGAACUGGCAAAAAAAUGUAUACAGUUUUAAAGCGAGAUUCUGUUUCGGUGUUGUAAUGACUGAGACCAACAGUUGAACCAUGGGGUUGUUAAUAUCAUAAAGCACGUUUGUGUUGUGCCAAAUAAAAACAACAAUUGUUUUAAUA